AUGCUACUCGGUGAUAUGGGUGCUUCUGUCUUGAAGAUUGAAGAACCUACGCGUGGUGAUGAUACCAGAUCUUGGCUUCCUCCGUCCGCACCCGUCAAGCCGCACUCCCCCGCUCCCCACCUUCCCCCUGAAUCAGCCUACUUUCUGUCCUCAAACAGAAACAAACGCAGCUUAGGUCUUAACUUCAAGCACCCUCACGGUCAAUCUAUCAUCCACAAUCUUGUCAAAGAUGCCGACGUUCUUGUUGAAAACUUCUUACCCAACAAGCUGAAAAUUUUCAACCUAGACUAUGACACAAUAAAGAGUAUAAACCCUGGCAUCAUUUAUGCUUCUAUAACGGGUUAUGGUCAGACUGGUCCAUAUGCCAAUGCACCUGGCUACGAUGUGCUAAUUGAAGCUGAAGCUGGUCUAAUGCAUAUAACUGGUGAGAGAGAUGGAUCUCCUGUGAAAGUAGGUGUCGCUAUAACGGAUAUAACGACUGGUCUGUAUGCUCACGGAGCAAUACUCGCUGCACUUUUCCACAAACAGCGUACCGGGGAAGGUGUCCAUCUAGACAUCAACCUCUUCGACACGCAACUAGCCUCGCUCGCCAACAUAGCCUCCAACUAUCUCGUCACGGGGCAAGAAGCUACGCGUCAGGGCACAAGCCACCCUUCAAUCGUCCCCUAUCAGACAUUCCCCACGCUCGAUGGUCAGAUAAUGAUAGGAGCGGGCAGUGAUGUGCAGUUUGAGUCGCUCAGCGGGAUAUUAGGGAAGCGCGAGUGGUUGGAGGGUGAGUGGACGAGCAAUGCAGGCAGAGUGCGUCAUCGCACUGCCCUAGUGGGCGAAUUGGGUACAAUCAUAUCAUCACACUCCACACAGCACUGGCUAGAUACUUUUAGUGAAGCGAAAGCACGUUUCUCGUUUGGGCCGAUCAAUAACAUCGCCCAGUCCUUGGAGCAUCCCCAGUCGCUGGCUAGAGGUGUGGUUACUGAGGUGGAUCAUCCUCGCAUUGGUGCCCUCAAACUCACUGCUCCCGCUGUCGGAUAUGGCGGGAAAAGGCUGGAGGUUCACCGCCCGCCGCCCUUCCUCGCUCAACAUACCACGGAAAUUCUUCGCGAGGAGGGAUACACUGAGCAACAGAUACUCGAGCUGAGAGCGGAGGGUGUUGUGGUGGACAAUAGUAACAGCUUGUGCAGAAAAUCUAAGCUUUGA